AUGCCUCACACUGCAGAAUACCUCCCAGCAAGGGCAACGAACAUCCCAUCGAUUCUCCAAGGAGGAUACAACACUCCGCUAACCAGAACAUGGCAGCACGAGAGACAACUCUCGAAAAACAUGUUUAUUUAUCCGUUGUUCGUGUCGGACCGGCCGGACGAGGAGGUUCCAAUCCCAUCCUUGCCCCACAUCAACAGGUAUGGCGUCAACAAGCUGAUUCCAUACGUGGCAGGCCUUGUUAAGAAAGGUCUCCGUGCAGUUAUCAUCUUUGGUGUUUUGUUGGACACCAAGAAAGAUGCUGAGGGCACCCCUGCAGACGACCCGAGCGGACCCGUGAUCCAGGCGGUGAAGGCCCUCAGAAAGCACUUCCCGGACCUCUUCGUGAUGUGUGACGUGUGCUUGUGCGAGUACACCUCGCACGGACAUUGUGGAAUCCUAUACGAGGACGGUACCAUCAACAAUGAGAUGUCCAUUCGCCGUAUUGCCGCUGUUGCUGUCAACUAUGCCAAGGCGGGAGCGCACUGUGUAGCUCCUUCAGACAUGAUGGAUGGCCGGGUCAAAGCCAUCAAGGAGGGUUUGGUGGAUGCAGGUUUGGCACACAAGGUUUUCGUGAUGUCGUACGCUGCCAAGUUUAGCGGCAACUUGUACGGCCCAUUCCGGGAUGCCGCCGGCUCCUCUCCCUCCCACGGGGACCGGAAGUGCUACCAGCUUCCUUCCGGCGGUGCAGGCUUGGCAAGAAGAGCCAUGAAGAGAGACAUGAGCGAGGGAACAGAUGCCAUAAUCGUCAAACCUUCCACUUUCUACUUGGACGUUGUCCGGGAUGCCUCCAACUUGUGUGCAGACUACCCGGUGUGUGCGUAUCACGUGAGUGGCGAGUACGCGAUGCUCUGGGCUGCCGCCGAGAAGAAUGUCGUUGAUUUGAAGACAAUUGCCUUUGAGGCACACUACGGAUUCCUCAGGGCCGGUGCCAGGCUCAUUAUCUCCUACUUCACGCCUUACUUCCUUGACUGGCUUGACGAGGACGAGCCCAUUCCUAUGUGA